AUGACAGAGAUGGAUGGAGUGAUUCGUGAGCACGAGGUCUACUUUGCGACGCUUGCAGAGCAGGCUGAGCGUUACGACGAGAUGGCCGAGCAUAUGCGAGCAGCAGCGCUCUUCGAGCAAGAGCUAGAUGCCGAGGAGCGGAAUCUCCUUGCUGUGGCCUUCAAGCAAGCGGUGGGCCAGCGAAGAGUAGCUUGGCGCAUCGUUUGUGCUGCCGAGCAGGAAGAGCAGGCCAAGGGCAACCACAUGACCACAGCCAGCGCCCGCGGCUACCGGAAGAAGAUCGAAGCCGAACUCACGAGCCUCUGCCAGACCAUCCUGGCGCUGCUCACGGACAAGCUCAUCCCCGGUGCCACGACAGCAGAGGCGAAGGUGUCCUACUACAAGGCGCAGGGAGACUACUACCGGUACAUGGCGGAGAUCAGCGAUGACAUGGACAGGACGCGGGCGACGACCGCGGCGAAGGCGGCUUACGAGGACGGCACGAAGGUUGCUGAGACAUCACUGAAGGUGACCAGCCCCUUCCGACUGGGCCUUGCACUGAACCACGCCGUCUUCUACUACGAGGCCUUCGGGGUCCUCAAUCCCAAAGCUGGCAGAAACUUUGCUUUGCGUGCGCUUUCGCAAGCUGGCACAGAACAGAAGUUUUCAGGGAAGAUCCCUUGCUCUUCGCUCUUCGCAAAGGGCUUUGCCAAGGUGAUGCCGUUGGGGAACCAGACGGUACGCAUCUUUGUUAACUUGGACGUGGUGGCUCCAGGCAGCUUCCUGUCGUUCCUGCGCCAGGUGUGUGGCGUUGUGACGGUUGCCGUCUUUGCAGCGCGGCGAAGGCGGCGGCCAGAUGAAGCGAAGUCUUUGCAGCGUGCAUCGAACAUCGACCUACAAGGUGCUGGCGUGGAUCGGUCCCAGAUUUUCAGCUUCCAGACCGAAACGUCCUCGGAUGUUGCGGCAGAUGCCUUGCUUACCCUGCUCUACAGCAAGCAUGCAGGGGCCAGGAACUAUUUGAUUUCGGAGACCGCAUCGACAAUGCGUCAGCAAUGGUUCAAAGAGUUGCUGGUUGUCAAUUCAGCGUGCCAGACAGUUUGGUUGUCAGGGGACCUGAAACUCCAGCUGACGGCCGUGGACUGUGUCAUGAAUGCUCCCACGGAGGCUGUUCGAAUUGGCCGCAAGGCCUUCGAGGACGCAGUGCGCGAGAUUGACAACCUUGGCGAGGAUGGUGCAAAGGAGAGCGCGCUGGUGAUGCAGCUUCUGCGCGACAACAUCACGCUCUGGACAUCGGAUCCCACCGGCUGA